UUCAUCAUUGUACUACAACAUCUCUAUCUCCUUUUGUUUAGAUUUUUGGGGGAAAAAAUAAAAAAAAAAAAUACGUAGCCUUGUCUAGUCUGAAUGUUUUUUCCGCCCAAAAUCUCAAAGACAACUCUGCUUUGCUGCUUACAGUUCUACAAAACUGCAGUUGAAUCUAACUCAGCCCAAGUGACUGUGACUUGGAUUCCAUUUCCAUGGCUGACGUCAAGUGCUAUGUUCCCCCUAAUCAAUUUAAAAAUUUUGCAUGGUUUUGUAGCCAGCUUUCUCAUCUCAGAAUAAGGGUGGACAAUGAUAUUGAGCAAAUUCUUAUAGAAGCUCAGCAUCGAUGGCUGCGCCCAGCUGAAAUUUGUGAAAUUCUCAGUAAUUAUAAAAUGUUCCAAAUUGCUCCAGAGCCUGCACAUAUGCCGCCAAGUGGUUCACUUUUCCUGUUUGAUCGAAAGGUGCUGAGAUACUUUAGAAAAGAUGGCCACAACUGGAGAAAGAAAAAGGAUGGAAAAACAGUGAGGGAAGCUCAUGAGAGACUUAAGGCUGGAAGUGUGGAUGUGUUGCACUGCUAUUAUGCACACGGAGAAGAAAAUGAAAAUUUUCAAAGACGCACAUACUGGAUGCUUGAUGAGGAACUCUCGCACAUUGUUCUUGUCCAUUAUAGGGAAGUGAAGGCAACUAAGGCAAAUUUUAGAGGUGCUGCCAAAGAAAAUCAAGAAUCUCUUCCUUAUGCACAAAUUGACAAACUACCAGGUUCCACAGAGAAGGAAAUUUCUUUAUCAUGUAGUCUUCAUCCACAUAACUACCAGGUUCCAUCACAUACAAUAGAUACAACAAGCAUGAAGAGCACUCAAGCAACAGAAUAUGAAGAAGCUGAGUCAGCAUUGAAUAGUUACGCAAGUUCAGAAGACUACUCCUUCCUUGAAACACAACACCCAGUUGUUGAGAAGAUUCCUGAUCCUUAUUGCCUGCUGCAGUUCAUAAAUGAACAAGAGAAGUUGUGUGGCACUCCUGGGAUGAAUCAUAUCAUGCUCAGUCAAGCUGGCAAAAUCAAAGACAUUCAUAAUGUUAGAUUGGCAUAUGAACCCCCACAGCACCUUGGCUUUUCAAUGUGGGAAAAUAUCUUGGAAAAUAAUGGGAGAAGUCAAUACAUGCCUCUUCAACCCGUACUCCCUGAAAUCCAACCUGAUAACAUGGGAAUCAAUAGCAAUGCCUCUCUAUUGAGGUCAAAUUCCACCACCAAUAUUACCAAAGUGAAUGGGACAGAAAAUAUGGUACAAGUUGAAGGAAAUUGGCAGGUAAUGAAUGAGUUAUUAUUUGAUCCUCAAAGAUCCUUGGAACAGUGUCUUAUACAUCAAGAUAGACCAAAGGUUCUUAUGAUAGAUGACCCUCAAGAAAAACUAUUAGAUGCAAAAGAGAAGAUAGAAACCAAUAGAAGCCUGGAUGGAAUAGGUGAUACAAAUUUAACUCUGAAGAAGGCUCUGUUAGAUGGAUCCCUUGCAGAAGAGGGUCUGAAGAAGCUUGACAGUUUCAACCAAUGGAUGAGUAAGGAACUUGGAGAUGUGGAAGAAUCUAAAACUCCAUCCACUUUUAGUGCUUAUUGGGGUACAGUUGAAAGUGAAAAUGAUGUGGACAAUGCAACUAUUCCUUCCGAAGUGCACCUGGAUACCUAUGCACUGGAUCCAUCUAUUUCCCAUGAUCAACUUUUUACCAUUAUUGACUUUUCCCCAAGCUGGGCAUUUGAAGGCUCAGAAAUUAAGAUUCUCAUUUAUGGACAAUUCUUGAGGAGUCUACAGGAAGCAGAACAAUGUAAAUGGUCUUGCAUGUUCGGUGAGGUAGAAGUGCCAGCUAAUAUCAUUGACAAUGGUGUUCUUUCUUGUUAUACUCCUCCACACAAAACUGGGAGGAUUCCUUUCUAUGUAACUUGUUCCAAUAGGUUAGCAUGUAGUGAAAUACGAGAAUUUGAUUUCCGAGACAUUUACACUCAAGAAGUCAACAAUGCAGCUGAGCAGAGAGAGAGCAUUUCUGAUAAUUUCAGUGUGCGAUUUGAAGAGCUGCUGUACAUGGGGCAUACCUUACCUCAAAACUCAGAUCCAAUCUGUGUAAGUGAGAAAUCUGAACUGAGAAGUAAAAUAAGUGCUUUGCUGAGGAAGGAGGAGGAUGAUUGGGAUAAGUUGCUGAAACUCACUCUAGAGAAAGAUUUUUCUCCACAAAAUGUACAGGAGCAGCUGCUUCAAAAUCUUUUGAAAGAUAAGUUACUUGGGUGGCUCCUUCAAAAAGUCAUCGAAGAUGGGAAAGGCCCUAAUGUAUUGGAUGAGGGUGGCCAAGGAAUACUUCAUCUUGCGGCUGCUCUUGGCUAUGAUUGGGCCUUACAACCCACAGUAAUUGCUGGUGUAAAUGUUAACUUCCGCGAUGUAAAUGGAUGGACUGCUCUUCAUUGGGCUGCAUUCUGUGGCAGGGAGCUCACAGUUGCUUCCCUCAUCUCUCUUGGCGCAGCACCUGGGGCGCUGACUGAUCCAAGCCCAGAGCAUCCUUCUGGUAGAACACCAGCUGACCUGGCUUCUGCAAACGGUCACAAAGGAAUUGCAGGGUAUCUUGCAGAAUCUUCAAUAAGCGUGCAACUAUUAUCUCUUGAUAUGAACAGGGACACGAGAGAAAGUUCUGGAUCAAAAGUAGUAUACAGAGUCCAACACAAUACUACUGAAGUUAAUGAUGAUCGCCUAUCAUAUGAACUGUCACUGAAAGAUUCACUGGCAGCAGUGUGUAAUGCCAGCCAGGCUGCUGCACGUAUUCAUGAAGUUUAUAGAGUGCAAUCUUUCCAAAGAAAACAACUGAAAGAAUAUGAUGAUAAAUUUGGAAUAUCUGAUGAAGAUGCUCUUUCUCUUAUAACUGUAAAACCACACAAGGUUGGACAACGCAAUGAGCCUGUACAUGCAGCUGCAAUACGAAUCCAGAACAAAUUCCGCAGUUGGAAGGGCAGAAAAGAAUUUUUGAUGAUUCGCCAAAGAAUAGUUAAAAUUCAGGCUCAUGUAAGGGGGCACCAGGUUAGGAAGAACUGUGGAAAGAUAAUUUGGUCAGUUGGAAUUUUAGAAAAAGUUAUUUUGCGCUGGCGCCGAAAAGGUAGUGGUUUACGUGGAUUUAAAUUGGAAGAUGUUCCCGAGGGAACUAUGGUACAAGAUACACAGUGCAAGGAGGAUGAGUAUGAUUUCUUGAAAGAAGGCAGAAAGCAAACAGAGGAAAGGUUGCAGAAAGCCCUAUCCAGGGUGAAGUCAAUGGUUCAGUAUCCAGAGGCAAGAGACCAAUACCAUAGGCUGUUGAAUGUUGUAACUGAGAUCCAAGAAAACCAGCUAAAACAUCAUAGGAGUUCAGAAGAGAGAAGAGAAUUUGAUAACCUCAUUGAUCUUGAAACUUUGCUGGACGAAGAUACUUUCAUGCUUACAGUCAUUUAGAAUUUAGCAUAUGUUCCAUUGUUUUAUGGAAUAGAAUGAGCAGUGCACCUAGGAGUCUGGCGAUGUGUUGCCUUAGUUUUGAUGUUUUUUUUUCUUUUUUAAUAAUACUAAUUGUUCCCUGCUUCCCCUGUACAGCAGAUAAUUGCUGAAAUGCGAUGUUAUAGGUUCAAAGCGAUGUAACUACUAAAAUACUCGACUUUAAUCUAAUACCUUGGUCAUACAUGAGUUA